AUGAGCCAUGACAAGACACUGGCAUCCGCUGCAGAGGAUUUUCAGAUGUGGCAUCGGUGGAAGAAUGAUCCUGAGCCUGAUGACAUCCAUUACUACUAUGCCAAAGAAAACCUGGACUCAAAUGAUACAGAGGUCAAGAAGCCAAACCGGCUUUAUCCAGAGUUUAAGGAAGACGAGCAAUUCAGACGCCUCAUCUCCUACAACACCACAGCAGUCCACAUACCCACGGACAUAUACGAGGGCUCCACCAUUGUACUGAAUGAGCUGAACUGGACAGACGCAUUAGAGGCAGUGUUUAGGAAGAACAAGGAAGAGGAUCCUACUCUACUGUGGCAGGUGUUUGGCAGCGCCACCGGAUUGGCUCGCUACUUCCCAGCAUCCCCUUGGAUGGACUCGCGAAAAACGCCCAAUAAGAUUGACCUCUACGAUGUCCGGCGGCGGCCGUGGUACAUCCAGGGGGCAGCGUCUCCUAAGGACAUGCUGAUCCUAGUGGAUGCGAGUGGCAGUGUCUCUGGCCUCACCCUCAAGCUAAUCCACACCUCUGUCAACGAGAUGCUGGAGACCCUGUCUGACGAUGACUACGUCAAUGUGGUCUAU